AAGCUCCCAUUUCUCUAGACUCUGGAUGAUCUAGUAGAUUAUAUCCUAAAAUUCAAAAGACGUCUUUCUCCUCAUUCAACGUCUUCUCACUCAUUUACUCUUUCCAGUACUGUUGGUUACUUUGAAGCUGUUAGUCAGGCAAUCUAUCCGGCAUCCCAACUCCGGGGUCCUCACGAUCUUCUCAGCUGCCUCGGCCUCCGUCAGGAGAGGACCCCGCGUCGAAUCACUGACUGGCCCAGGAGUCGGGAAAAUGAUCCACAGUCUAUUUCUCAUAAACUGUUCCGGUGACAUAUUUCUAGAGAAGCACUGGAAGAGUGUUGUGAGCCAGUCUGUCUGUGAUUAUUUCUUUGAAGCUCAAGAGAAAGCAGCUGAUGUUGAAAAUGUACCACCUGUUAUUUCAACACCUCACCACUACCUCAUCAGUAUCUAUCGGGAUAAGCUCUUCUUUGUCUCUGUCAUACAGACUGAAGUGCCACCUCUCUUUGUAAUUGAGUUCCUACAUCGAGUUGCUGAUACUUUUCAGGACUACUUUGGUGAGUGUUCGGAGGCUGCAAUUAAGGAUAACGUGGUAAUAGUAUAUGAGCUCUUGGAAGAAAUGUUAGACAAUGGAUUUCCACUGGCUACUGAAUCUAACAUUUUGAAAGAAUUGAUUAAACCACCAACAAUUCUGCGUUCUGUCGUCAACUCUAUUACAGGCAGUAGUAAUGUUGGGGACACACUCCCCACUGGGCAGCUGUCCAACAUCCCAUGGCGCCGAGCAGGGGUAAAGUACACAAACAAUGAAGCCUAUUUUGAUGUCGUUGAAGAAAUAGAUGCAAUUAUAGAUAAAUCAGGAUCUACAGUCUUUGCAGAAAUUCAGGGGGUAAUUGAUGCUUGCAUUAAGCUAUCUGGAAUGCCUGACCUUUCCCUUUCUUUCAUGAACCCGAGGCUUCUAGAUGAUGUCAGCUUCCACCCCUGCAUCCGGUUCAAGCGUUGGGAAUCUGAAAGAGUUUUGUCAUUUAUUCCUCCAGAUGGAAACUUCCGACUCAUAUCAUAUCGUGUCAGCUCACAAAAUCUAGUGGCAAUACCAGUGUAUGUGAAACAUAGCAUCAGUUUUAAGGAGAACAGUUCUUGUGGUAGAUUUGAUAUUACAAUUGGACCAAAGCAAAAUAUGGGGAAAACUAUUGAAGGAAUCACAGUGACAGUUCAUAUGCCAAAGGUUGUGUUGAAUAUGAACCUGACACCAACACAAGGCAGCUAUACUUUUGAUCCAGUUACCAAGGUACUAACGUGGGAUGUGGGAAAAAUCACUCCACAAAAGCUCCCCAGUCUUAAAGGACUGGUAAAUUUACAAUCUGGAGCACCCAAGCCAGAAGAGAAUCCAAGCCUCAACAUACAGUUCAAGAUCCAGCAGCUUGCCAUUUCAGGCUUAAAAGUAAACCGCUUGGACAUGUAUGGGGAGAAAUAUAAGCCAUUUAAAGGAGUCAAAUAUGUCACGAAAGCUGGAAAGUUCCAAGUGAGGACAUGAGAAGAGGCCAGAAUUCCUCAAGAUAUGUUUGUUUUCCAAGUGUCAUUACAGUUUAUUACCAUUAGGUACCAAUUGGAUGGGAAUACAUAUUCUAGUUAAAGCAUUUGUGUCGAGCCACACACCGCUAACAGAGUUGCUUAGUAAUCAAUGUAGGGUUCUUAAGUAGCUUUAAGCUAAGGAAACUUCUGAAUGACUUAGCUUAUUUGUAUCUUGUCACCUAGGAUGAUUUUAGAGGUGAUUUCCUCCAUAGGGAGACACCAGCUGGAGGCUGCAUAUUUUAACAGUCAAGGCAAAAGUCUACAGUGAUAACCUCUCUCCUAAAACAAGUGAGCUGGUCUCAGCAGGAGCUAUCUUAGUCUGUAAUGUCAUGUAUCAAGUGCAGCCAAAUGUCACACUUGAUCUUAGCCAUCCCAAAUCUUCUAUCCCAACAGAGGAAAAAUUCCUCCCACCCCAAGAAGUUUACAGAAAACUGCCUCUUCAAGUGUUUGCCUUAUUCAGCUUUUCACUUAUGCCAUUAAGCAAGCACUGUAGCAAAAGCCACUCCACAUGGCCCUGGCAGGGAGCACUGCUGCUCCAUGCUCCAUUCUCACUGUACUUGGUAUUGUAUUUUUUAUAAAUAAGAUUUUUAUGUAAAGCUCAGAUUUUGAUUUAUAGGGACCUUGCUGCAGUAAGUACCAUCUCAGUUUUGUGCCACUUGGUUCAGCUGUUAGCACAAUAAAAAUGAUUUGUAUCAAAGGGGUGAAUGCUUUAAGGUAAUAAAAGGGAACACUACUUCUGCUUUUAGGAAGUUAUUGCAAGCACAAGCAUUUGAGAUUUUAAGCAAAUUAAUGUAGUAAAAGAGAAACUUAAGUGAACCUUUGCCAUCUUCAUGUUUUAUAAAGCUUAUCCAACACCACUUAAAACCAGUUAGCCUAAAGGCCUCAUGCCCUAGUUCAGCUAAAGGAAGAAAAUGUGCCUGCCUCACUGUUGUCAAUCUUUUUUUUUUUUUUCUUAAAUCUUUUAUCUCUGUUGUUGUUCUUAAGGGUUUCAACUUGUCUACACUCCUUGUCUUCAGGGGAACUCCCUUUUCAUAUUGUGUGCUUCCCAAGGCUAUAGUCAAUAGAUUACUUCCUGAAACUAUUGUUGUAACUGUCACUUGAGUACUUAAAUGUCUCUACUGUACUGACAAAGUACAUUAUAAUGAGGCAGAAACAAAAUCCUCAGUAACAUUGAUAAACCUGUAUUGAUCUUCAUGGUUGGCAAGUCAGUCCACAGUUGUUAUCAUUUAACUUGAUUGACUUAGAAGUCCUUGCCCAGUUAUUUUGCUUCAUUAGACAUGAAGAAUGGAGAAAGUUAAGGUGUAAGUGCUUGCUCUUGCUAUUAGUUUUCUUUGUGACUCCAUUCUUUUCAUUGUCAACUUACCCCUUACCCUUAUCAUGCUAAUCAUAGCCCUUACACUCAUCCCAUUCUGCUGUCAGGGCUAGUGGUUGGUGCUGGUACAGGGAGCCCACUGUACAGCAGCAUUCUUACCUUUGCCUGCCUAGGGCACCCAGCCUGCCUUUCAUCUAACAGGAAAGGUUACUUUUUGCAACUUAGUAAUUUCUAGGGUAACCAAUAUCAGCUUGGCAGCUAAAAUUAAGAUGUUGCCAAAUAUUUAUUCCCUUUGCCUAAGAUUGGUUACCCAGUUCAAUUGCUUUUCAUUUUAAUGUCUUCCUCUUCAAAGUUCAUACCUCAAAAGAGCAAUCAAUACAUUUGCUUUUCUUUCUGCAGAAUCCCUAAUCUCAAUCAUCCAUAUAUGGACUAAUUUUCUUUCUGUGCUAUCUUCUCAUAUACAAGCAGAUUGUAUUCCAAGAGUCCCUUCUUCUAGCAAUUUCUGCUACAACUUCCAAGUAGACUGUUUCCUUUUACAAUUAAAUUAUUGUAUUUAUUAAUUUGAUUGAAUCCAGUAAGUCCUUUCUCUAGCUCUGGCUACACUGUCAAUAAAAAGAUGAAAGCAACAA